AUGUCUACGAUGGAAGAACCGCUAUAUCCUAUAGCUGUUUUGAUAGAUGAGUUAAAGAAUGAUGACAUUCAGCUACGGUUAAACUCAAUUCGUAGGCUAUCGACUAUUGCGCGUGCUCUCGGGGAGGAACGAACCCGGAAGGAGUUAAUUCCAUUUUUGAGUGAAAAUAAUGACGACGAUGAUGAAGUACUCCUUGCGAUGGCAGAGGAAUUGGGGGUGUUUAUUCCUUACGUCGGGGGAGUUGAGUAUGCCCAUGUUUUGCUCCCACCUUUGGAGACUCUUUGCACUGUUGAGGAAACAUGUGUGAGAGAUAAAGCUGUGGAGUCGUUGUGUAGGAUUGGAUCUCAGAUGAGGGAGACUGACUUGGUUGAUUGGUUCAUUCCUCUUGUCAAGAGACUAGCAGCUGGGGAAUGGUUUACAGCUCGAGUUUCUUCAUGUGGGCUAUUUCAUAUUGCCUACCCUAGUGCCCCGGACAUGUUGAAGACAGAAUUGCGGUCAAUAUACAGCCAGCUGUGUCAAGAUGACAUGCCCAUGGUUAGGAGGUCUGCUGCUUCUAAUUUGGGGAAGUUUGCUGCCACUGUUGAACCUGCACACUUGAAGACUGAUAUCAUGUCAAUUUUUGAGGAUCUUACCCAAGAUGAUCAAGAUUCUGUUCGUUUAUUGGCUGUCGAGGGUUGUGCUGCUCUUGGGAAAUUAUUGGAGCCUCAGGAUUGCAUUGCACAUAUUCUUCCUGUUAUUGUUAAUUUCUCUCAGGACAAGUCAUGGCGUGUACGCUACAUGGUUGCAAAUCAACUAUAUGAACUUUGUGAAGCUGUGGGGCCUGAGCCUACCAGGACGGACUUGGUCCCUGCAUAUGUGCGGUUACUUCGUGAUAAUGAGGCUGAAGUACGUAUAGCAGCUGCUGGAAAAGUAACUAAAUUCUGCCGCAUUUUAAGUCCAGAACUUGCUAUUCAACAUAUUCUCCCCUGUGUGAAGGAACUGUCAUCAGAUUCUUCCCAGCAUGUACGCUCUGCUUUGGCUUCAGUUAUAAUGGGAAUGGCUCCUGUCUUGGGGAAGGAUGCCACAAUCGAACAGCUUCUUCCAAUUUUUCUAUCCCUCUUGAAGGAUGAAUUUCCUGAUGUGCGCCUGAAUAUAAUCAGCAAGCUUGAUCAAGUGAAUCAGGUUAUCGGAAUUGACCUACUAUCCCAAUCACUAUUGCCGGCAAUUGUUGAGCUUGCAGAGGAUAGACAUUGGAGGGUCCGACUUGCAAUUAUAGAGUACAUACCUUUAUUGUCAAGUCAACUGGGUGUUGGGUUCUUUGAUGAUAAACUUGGCGCUCUUUGCAUGCAGUGGUUACAGGAUAAGGUUUACUCGAUUCGCGAUGCUGCUGCGAACAAUUUAAAACGCCUUGCUGAAGAAUUUGGUCCUGAGUGGGCAAUGCAGCACAUAAUUCCACAGGUUUUGGAGAUGAGCACCAAUUCCCAUUAUUUGUACCGAAUGACAAUUCUACAUGCUGUCUCGUUGCUUGCUCCUGUCAUGGGUUCAGAAAUUACAUGUUCUAAACUGCUGCCAGUGGUCAUCAAUGCAUCAAAAGAUAGGGUUCCCAACAUCAAAUUCAAUGUGGCGAAGGUGCUGCAAUCCCUCAUUCCCAUAGUUGAUCAGUCUAUUGCAGAGAAGACAAUCCGUCCCUGUUUGGUUGAGCUAAGUGAGGACCCAGAUGUCGAUGUCCGUUUUUUCGCAAACCAAGCUCUCCAGACUAUUGAUAGCGUCAUGAUGUCUAGCUAG